UAUGGAUAAUAUAAAGGCUCCCUUUAGGGGAAUUACAAGUGAUAUACGAGGAAGACUUUCGUGUUAUAAACAAGAUUGGACGAAUGGUUUCAAAUAUGGAGUUGGGAUACUUACACCCGCUGCCUCCAUCUUUUUUGCUUCGGCUCUUCCUGCUAUAGCCUUUGGAGAGCUUUUGAAAAAGAAAACAGGUGGAAGCCUGGGCUCAGUGCAAACUAUAUCAUCGGCAGCAAUUUGUGGUGUGUUACAAUCAGUAAUUGGUGGACAACCGCUUUUAAUACAAGGAGUUGCAGAACCAACUGUUCUUAUGUAUACGUUCUUGUACAAUUUUGCUAAACAAAAGGAUGAUCUUAAACCUCUAUUCUUGGCUUGGACCGCAUGGGUUUGUGUAUGGGCAUCGGUUUUACUGGUGCUAAUGGCAAUUUUUAACGCGUGUGUUAUCAUUGACCGAUUUACAAGGAUAGCUGAAGAAUUUAUUGAAAUGUUAAUAGCUGUUCUUUUCAUCCAAGAGGCUAUCAAGGGGAUCAUAAGUGAGUUUCAUGUACCCAAAGGGAAGGAUGUAGAUGAUAUUAAAGCAUACGAAGUCGAGUGGCUUUACUCCAAUGGAUUGCUCGCGGUCAUAUUCUCUUUAGGGUUUAUCUAUACUGCCUUCAAAAGUAGAAAUGCAAGAUCAUGGUGGUAUGGAACAGGCUGUAUUAGAAAUUUUAUUGCGAAUUUUGGGGUUCCUUUGAUAGUAUUGGGAUGGACAGCAUUGUCAUAUGGUGUACCUAGCAAAGUUCCUUCAGAAGUUCCUAGAAGGUUAUUUAGUCCUCAUCCUUGGGAUACAGACUCGUUGCACCCUUGGACUAUUGCUAAGAAAAUGGGGGAUGUGCCUCGAAUAUAUAUAGCAGGGGCCUUCAUACCGGGAUUAAUGGUAGCAGGACUAUUCUUUUUCGAGCAAAAUGUGGCUUCGAAGAUGACACAACAGCGAGAUUUCAAUCUUAAGAACCCUUCUUCUUACCACUAUGACAUCUUUAUUCUUGGCUUAAUGACUUUGGUUUGUGGGUUACUUGGACUUCCUCCUUCCUAUGCCCUUAUUCCACAUUCUCCUAUGCACACUAAGGCACUUGCCGUCCUCAAAAGACAGUUUCUUCGAAGAAAGAUGGUCGAAAGUGCCAAAGCAAGCAUACAUGAACGGGCUAGCAGCACUGAAAUUUAUGGCAAUAUGCAAGCAAUUUUCCUUCAAAUGGACAUGAACAAGUUGGUAAGUUUUACAAAUGGAGUGGUUAAGGAGCUUGAAGACUUAAAACAAGUAGUGAUGAAAGGAGAGAUUGAUGAGAAAAAUGGGAAUGCAACAUUUGACCCCGAGAAGCACAUCGAGAACUACUUACCGGUGCGUGUUAACGAGCAAAGAUUGAGCAAUCUAAUACAAUCCCUUCUCCUCGCGAUUUCUGUUUUUGCGAUGCCUGCCCUAAAGCGAAUUCCAUCUUCACUUCUUUGGGGGUACUUAGCGUAUAUGGCCUUUGAUAGUCUCCCCGGUAACCAGUUUUGGGAAAGAAUCAUACUACUACUUGUCAAUAAAAGUAGAUUACACAAGGUUUUGCAAAGGAAUCACGCUUCCUAUGUGGAAACAGUGCCAUUCAAAUGUAUCGCGGCAUUUACUAUAUUCCAAUUAACAUACUUGAUCAUUUGUUAUGGCAUGACAUGGAUACCCUUAGUAGGAAUAAUCUUUCCUUUGCCAUUUUUUCUUCUUAUAAUUAUAAGACACCUUAUAUUAACAAGGUAUUUUGAGCCACAUUACUUGCACGAACUCGAUGCUCACGAAUACGAGGAAGUCCUAGGGAAUUCAAGGCGUUCUUUCCGUCGUAUGUCAUUCUCUUUUAAGGAAAAUGGGACGCCAAUUCACAGCAUUUUUGACAAUGAAGAAGAAAUGGAAGAAGAAUUUUCUGAUUCAGAAGUUUUGGAUGAGUUAACAACUCAUAGAGGAGAGCUAAAGAUUAGAACUAUGAGCUUUCGUAGUGAAAGAUGGGCUUCGAGUGGUAGGAAAGAAGUGAAGCCCAGAGCUAUGAGCUUCCGACAUGACUUACCUUUUAAGGUAUGUACGAAGGAGUUAAGUACUCUCCUUGUCUCUAAAUAAUACUACGAGUAAUAUUCUGUAUAAGCUUUAAGUGGCUGAUAGUAUAUAUAAUAUUUGCGCACAGGUUCAUCCGGAAGACAUUGUAUGAUUGAAAGAAGAAGAAUUUUUAGAAGUACAAUCUUGACAAGGGUAAACAAUAUUGAUGAUCAUGACGACAAUGAAAAGUUGAAAAAAAUUGAUAGCCUAAGUUGAAGUUCCGGGAAACUAAUGAAAUUUGUUAUACGUAGUACAUGUAAAUAAAUUGUAUCAAU